AUGGCCUCACCUCAGACCUCGCCGGCCCCCUCGGAACGCACUCCUCUCCUCUCUGGCCCUGAAGAUGACACUCGAUCGAGUUACUCCAACCACGCCAAUGGUGAUGUACACUCUCCGUUGUCCGAAUCGCCGGAAUCUCCCAAGCCCAAGAAGCAGCGGAGAUGGCCUAGCAUAAUCGCCCUCACUAUUCUAUGCCUGGUGGUAGUCGCAGUGUGCUUUGCUCUCACUCUACCAUCUACAAUUGAAGAAUAUGCGAAAGAAGGCGUCGUUUUUGAGCCCACCAACCUUUCCAUCGACUCCUUCACCUCCCUCGGUAUCCGUGCUAGGGUGCAAGGAGAUUUCUAUAUGGAUGCUUCAAGAGUCCGCAACAAGGCAACGAGGAAUCUCGGCAGAUUCGGGACAUGGCUGGCAAAGGAAGUCAAGAGUGAAGAGUCAGAGGUCAAUGUCUACCUUCCUGCGUAUGACAAUGUCUUGUUAGGGACCGUCACUAUCCCCCCUAUUCGUCUCAACAUCCGAAACCGUCGAUUCAAUCAUCUCGAUUUCUUUGCUGAUCUGGAGCCGGGCGAUGUUGACGGGAUUCAAAGAGUCGCCAAGGAUUUCCUGGAUAGAAAACUGCAUGAAAUCACUGUCAAUGCCAUGGCAACUGUCUCUCUACAAAGUGGAUUGAUCAAGCUGGGCAAACAAACCAUUUCGCAAACUCUGCAAUUCAAGGGCCAGGAUGUGCCGGCGGUUCCAAAGCCCGAUAUCCAACAACUCCGAUUUGCCGAGUAUGGCAUGCCUGGACAUCCCGAAGGUGUCAAGGCCAUGGCCAUCGUUUCUGCCAUGAAUCAAUACCCUGUGAAAUUCGAUGUACCGCCGCUAGCGUUCGAGGUUCUUUUGCCAGAUUGCUCCGACAAUUACCUUCUAUUCGGAACAGCCAAGACAGAUGUCAUCCACAUCCUACCAAAGCAAAACAUCAGCGCAAGUGUGAUCGGCUUGGUGAAGCAGUUACCUACAUCUCUGACGUCAGUGUGUCCUGGCUCAAAAUCAUCGCCUUUGGACAGUCUGGUUGCCGACUACCUCGCUGGCCGAGAUACCACUGUCUACAUUCGCGGAGGGCAACAAGACGAAAACACCCCAGAAUGGAUAGGAAGGAUAUUACAGGGUACGAUGGUUCCGUUCACGCUUCCAGGUCAUCCUUUUGACAAUCUUAUCAAAAACUUCACUUUGACGGAUGUCCACUUUGCUUUACCGGAUCCUAUGACAGACUCACACCCCGAGAUAUCAGCCGUUGUCAAAGUUUUGAUUGGCCUACCUGCUGAAAUGAACGUCAAUUUGGACGUUGAUAGAGUCAGGGCAGAUGCUGACGUCUUCUACAAAGGGGAGCUUCUUGGGAACCUUGAUCUCUCCAAAUGGCAAGCAGCGAAUGCGACGCAGGUCGACGAUGACCUGUUGAUCCAGUCCAUUGUCAAGGAUGCACCACUUGACAUCAAGAACCAGGCUCUAUUCUCCCAAGUAGUUCAAGCGUUGAUAUUCGGAAAAGGGGCUUCCCUUACAGUGCAUGCAACUGUUGACGUCAACACUCAUACAGCUCUGGGGGAAUUUGUAGUCCGAAGAAUCCCGGCAGAGGGCGCAAUCUUCAUCGAUCCGCUUCGAGCUGGGGAUUUUCAGAUGCCAGAAAUAAAGGGUAUGGAAGUCGUUGCCACGUCGGAAACCUCAUUAACUCUGCAGGCAAGGGUUAAUGUGACGAAUCCCACGGAUUAUUCGGCCAAGAUUCCCUACUGCAAUGUCAGUAUUUGGGUCAACAACACUCGCGUCGGCUAUGCAUGGGCGACUUCGCAACAAGUCGUGCCCGGUCCCAACAACCUUACAGCAAAUGCUUCAUGGGAAGUCGGCAAAAUCGGGAGAGAGUGGCUUUCCCAGUAUAUCUCGGGCUAUAAUACGAGUCUGACGAUCAAGACCCAUGCUGGUUCUAUACCGAAUUUUCCUGAUCCUGGCGUGGAGAUGACAGUACCAGCUCCACAUAUGGUGUCGCAUCCUCUGCGAGAAGCUACGAUGCAUAUCUUUUCGUCGACCGCAACAUUCAUUUUGGUGUCGCCGCUCGCCUUUUAUGUCACCAAUAUUGCAGCAGCUGCCUCGUACAAUGGGUCAGAGGUCGGAACGAUCGAAUGGAAUUACCCUUUCGCGAUCGAGCCCGGAGAGAAUCUCACCCCAAAGCUGCCCGUCGAAUGGGGCGGUAACGCCCUGGGCACAAUCAGGGAUGCGCUAGGGGGCACUCUGAAAUUGGAUGCAAAAGCGGAUGUUGGCAUAAAAAUAGAUACAUUAUACACAAAUGUGAUUUAA